GAGAUGAGAACAUACACUAGUGAUAAGCUGUAUAGAUGUGAUAUAUGUGGUACAGGGUUUGGUCAAAGUUCACACUUGCAGAGACACUUGAAAAUACAUACUGGUGAUAAACCUUAUAAAUGUGAUAUAUGUGGUAAAGAUUUCGGUCAAAGUUCAAGCUUGCGGUCUCACAUGAGAAUACAUACUGGUGAUAAACCUUAUAAAUGUGAUGUAUGUGGUAAAGUGUUUAGUUAUAGUUCAAAUUUACAGAAUCAUAUGAGAACACAUACUGAUGACAAACCUUAUAACUGUGAUGUAUGUGGUAAAGUAUUUAGGUAUAGUACAAGUUUACAGAUUCAUAUGCGAACACAUACUGAUGACAAACCUUAUAACUGUGAUGUAUGUGGUAAAGGGUUUAAGUAUAGUACAAGUUUAAAGAUUCAUAUGAGAACACAUACUGAUGACAAACCUUAUAACUGUGAUGUAUGUGGUAAAGUGUUUAAGUAUAGUACAAGUUUACAGCAUCACACGAGAAGACAUACUGGUGAUAAACCUCAUAAGUGUAGUAUAUGUGGUAAAGGGUUUGGUGAUAGUUCAACCUUAAAGAGACACAUGAGAACACAUACUGGUGAUAAACCUUUUAUAUGUAAUAUAUGUGGUAAAGGGUUUCGGUGUAGUACAAGUUUACAGAUUCACACAAGAACACACACUUGUGACAAACCUUAUAAAUGUAGUAUAUGUGGUAAAGGGUUUGGUGAUAGUUCAACCUUAGGGAGACACAUGAGAAGACACACUGGAGAUAAACCUUAUAAGUGUCACGUUUGUGAUAAAAAGUUUAGUGAAAAUUCAGGUUUACAUAAGCACAUGAUAAUACACACUGGUGAUAAACCUUAUAACUGUGAUGUAUGCAGUAAAGGUUUUGCUCAAAAAUCAAACUUAAAGAUACACAUGAGAACACAUCAUGCACAUACUGGUGAAAAAUCUUAAAAAUGUGAUGUAUGUGG